AAUGUUCCUCUUGUCAUAGUGAGACUCACAAAUAUUGGGAAAUCCCUGUAUAGGCGACUAUAAGUGCCCUAUAAAUCAUGACUUGAGGUCAUCAACACUUUGAAAGACAUUCCCAACAGAGGCAUGAACAUCCUUAUUGGUGAGUCGUGAGGUCAUGCUUGUAAAACUCUUUGCUUCCUGUCUCCGCUGACCAUCUUCAGACACAGACCAGAUAGAGAAAGACAGAGAAGAGAAACAGCUGAAGUUUAAAGUGCUUGAUUUUAUCCAUAAAAAGCAAACAUCUGCGGCUGAUCUCACAGGAAUAGUUGUUGUCGCCAUUCCCUGCCUCAUGGCCAGCCUGGGCCGCAGCGCGCCACUGCCCACCGAGAGCGGCGCACUUGUUGCGGAUCCCGCCUUUCAGGAGGCGGUGGAGCGGAGCCGCAGCCUGACACAGAAGAUCCUGCUCGCCAUUCCCGACACGCACAGCGCCUGCAUCCACACAGAGACUCUACAGCUAAACUCCCCCGAUAAUGCAAAGCUGGAGAUAAUGGCGGCCAACAUCGGCAUCCCCGCUGCUCCUGUGCUCAGAGCCCUGUCUGAGAACUUCACUCUGAGAACCUGUCUGAGAAACAUGACUGAGGGUCUGCAGCUGCACCGGGCCUUACUGAGCGCCAUCUCCGAGCGGCUGCCAAACAAAAUGACCGAGCUCACAUCGGACAUCAAGGAUCUCUCCAUCCAGAUCAACAAGAUGCAGAAAAUGGUCUACAAAGAGGCCGCGGUGCAGCCCACGCCCACGCCGGCGCCACUACAGCUGCAGGGGGAGUACGAGGUUCAGGUGGCAGCUCACCUGAUCCUGGUGCAGCUGCAGUCGUUUGGACGGGACAUGGACCGCUGUCUGCGGACCCUGGACCGCAGCAAUGACGACGACACGGAGAGCUGACCAAGAAGCGUCCUCGCGUGACUGCUUUUGGCUUUCUUAUUUAUUUUUAUUUUUUUUUUUCCUCUGAAAAUUAACUUAUACUGCCGUUUUUUUGUUAUGGCAUUAAUUUAUUUUUUGCUAGAAAAUAUUUUAUAUUUUUUUAAGAUCUAUCUAUUUAAGUAUUUAUUUGUGUAUUUGGAUGCUGCAGUAAUUUAUGAAUGAACCCUUUUCUUAAGUUAAGUGAAUGUACUUUGUUUUCACAAUAUUCUUAAUUCUCAUGUACAAACUAUAUAUAUAUAUAUAUAUAUAUAU